AAAAAAUGAUACCUGACGGUACUGCACAUUAUAGCUUAAAUGUAACAGCUGACGAAUCAGACGAAAUGGUAUAAAAGCACACGGUUCUUGGAUGCUUAAACAUUUUCUGACUGAAGCGUUAAAAUUGCGUGAUAAAAUGAGAGCUGUAUUUAUCGUCUGUCUUCUGUUGCUGUCUGUUGGAGUUAUAAGUUCCGAAGAUUGCAAGUGUCAGUCAGUAUGGUCGCCUGUUUGUGGCGUAAAUGGAAUCACAUACAGCAGCCGAUGUGAAGCAGACUGUCUCAAUGUGCAUAUUGCCCAACACCAUGAAUGCCGCAACAACGCUGGGGCUUUACCAUUAGAGAGAAAAUGGAAUAUUUGUGGAUUUGAAGAAACUAUGAAAGAGAGAACAGUCACUUCAGCAAUCUGUACAUUGACUCCAAUUUUAACACUACGAUGUAAAACAGUAGUUUAUCUAGUUGAUAAGUGCUUUUACCAUGGCGUAUCAGCUUGUAACCGGGCUCUUGUUGGCAGCUUUAAUAGAAAUGUAGAAAAGACAUCUGACGGAGAAUGUCCGGAUGUUGAGGACGACUGCAUCUGUACGAUGGAGUACUGGCCGGUAUGCGGUGCAGACGGCAAAACCUAUGAUAACCUCUGCGUCAUGGAAUGCGCUAAUGUAGAGCUUGACUUUGAGGGGCCAUGUGAGAAUACAAGGAAAAAACGUGCAGACAAUGAAGAGGCCUGUAUAUGUACAACCCUCCACGAACCUGUCUGUGGAAAAGAUGGCAAAACCUACGACAACAAGUGUAUGAUGGAUUGCAAUGAGGUAGAACUUGACUUUGAGGGGCCAUGUGAGAAUACAAGGAAAAAACGUGCAGACGAUGAAGAGGCCUGUAUAUGUACAACCCUCCAUGAACCUGUCUGUGGAAAAGAUGGCAAAACCUAUGGCAACAAGUGUAUGAUGGAUUGCAAUGAGGUAGAACUUGACUUUGAGGGGCCAUGUGAGAAUACAAGGAAAAAGCGCGGCGUAGAUAAAGAAAUUUGCGCAUGUACAUUCCUCUACGAACCUGUCUGUGGAAAAGAUGGCAAAACCUAUGGCAACAAGUGUAUGAUGGAUUGCGAUGGAGUACAACUUAACCAUGAGGGAGAAUGUAAGGAGCCCGAAUGUGUUUGUACAAUGGAGUAUUGGCCAGUGUGUGGGAAGAAUGGUGAUACUUAUGGAAACAUGUGCGAAAUGAAAUGCGCAGGUAUCGAGCUUGACUUUGAAGGACCAUGCGAGGAUACACGCAGAAAGCGUUCAUUCUUCGAAUACGAAGAUUGUCAUUGUCCGAAGAUUUACCUCCCUGUCUGCGGUUCCGAUGACGUCACUUAUCCAAGUCAGUGCGUGCGAAAGUGCGCAGGUGUAGACUUGAAGAGUUUUGGAAAGUGCAAAGAGGGCGAGGAUGACGACACAAGUAACUCUGCACAGUCAAGAAGAAGGCGCGAUGAUGAAGACAAGUCUGUCGACAACACAACGGACUCAGCCGAACAGGCCAAGGAAACAACCGAAGAAACAACUGAAAAGCCGUGUCCUUGUCCAAAGAUCUACAUUCCAAUGUGUGGCAAAGAUGGAGUAACUUACCCGAACAGAUGUACUAUGGCUUGCAAGUAUGUGAUAUUAAUUCAGAUUUCCAAUAUACAUUACAAAUACACCACUUUUAUAAGACUAUGA